AUGCAAGACCGUGGCAACUCUUUGCUGUUCACGCCUACGUCUGAGGGACCCAGUAACCGUUGUUCAGAAUUGGUUAUGCCAUCCACGGCGCGAGCGACGCUGCCAGCGACACGCGACCAACUCAGCAAAUCUUUCAAAUCGACACCAUUGCAGCUGCAACAGGAGAAGGAGAAGGAAAGAAGGAGGAAGAGGAAGAAGAGGAAGACGCGAUCGCUGACUGAAAAUGGGAAACGCUCAAAAGGGGAAAGCAGAUCGCCUUCACCGGAGGAGACUGAACCAACGAAAACACCAGCUUUACCCAGUUCAUCGGGUGAUACUGUGGAGCUCCCUCGGGAAAAAGUCGAUAUCAAACUUGGACACUGUCAAUUGAACUCAUCGCCUAUAAAGAGCAACAGCCCCGUCAAGCUCAGGCUGCCUCCUCGUCCAGCCAAUCUAGAUGCUCACCAUAGGAAGCGAAAAAGCGUCUUGUUUUCAGAUAAUCUUGUUUCGGACCUACCGAGUACACCGGAAAAGUGCUCGACUCCCAAGAGGUCGAUUUUGAAGACGCAUGAUUUGAUGAAUCCGGUACCUGGUCUUGCUCAUCCCAACAGCAGCAGCAGCCGCAGCAGGAGCGGCAGCACGAACUCAUGGCUGCUCGACUCAACGCAAACAAAGCCGCAGUGUUUUAGUCCCAAGGACCCUGGUUUCUGGCUGCAAGGUAUUGUCAUUCAAGUCCGUGCCAAUGCUCCCGAACUACCGCUCUUGGUUGAAGGAUGCAUAUCGGUGUUGGCUGAAAGCUCCUUCACGAACCGCUUUGAAGUUUACGCGACGUUGAAUGGCAUCUGCAAGACGAAUUCAAAUGAAACCUUGAUCAGCUUAUUCUCAAAAAAGAGAGAAAGAAAAUGCGAGAUGGAAAUCAACGACAGUCCGAUCCGGGCACAUAUUCCCAACUGCCAGCAGGUAAGCAUGGUCCUGGAAUUUGUCGAGUUGACAAUGAGAGACUUGCAAAAUAUGGAAAAGAAGAUAUUCAUUGUGGACAAAGAGGCGAUGGCGAUGGACAAGGACAAGGAAAAGGAAAAGCUCAGUCCUGUCAAGAAUGACCCUUUUGUAGUGCGCGGGAUAAACCAAGCAUUAAAGUUCUUUGGGCACAUGCUUUCCAUUGCCGAGCUAGCGAGCGGAAUACCAAUCGAGGCCCUUGAGUGGAUCUUGAGACACUCAAGCGAGAUGUUGACCCACCCGCGCAUGUCAAAGACACUCGUGUCUCCCUACUUGACUUUGAUCAAGGACUUUAAUUUUGAUCCAGCUCGCAAGCGGGCUCUUUUCGAGAACCACGACUUGGUGGAGCAAAUACUUUUUGGCGUCGUCAACAUGACGCCCUUCCCAAGCUUGUCGUUAAUUGCCGAACGAUUCUCCUGUCUCAGGAACUACAUCAUAUGCUUCCCCCAAUGUAUGGCGAAACAUUUUGGUCACUGGUUUGAAGCGCUCAUUAUUAGUCUUUGCAACAUUACUAGCCCAAUGUACCUGAAGUGUUUGAGCAACGGCGUCCAGUGCCUCCUCGAGGCGUCCAAGACAUUUUUGGACAAUAUCCCAAUUCAGAAUUACGUUCGAAAGUUGCUUUCCAUGCCGCCUCCUUCGAGACUGCUGCUGCUGCAACUGUUGCUGUUGUUCACCGCUGGUACAAUUUAUGCGGAUGCCGAUGCGGAUUCCAAUCGUGCAGCUUCGCAGAAUGUCAGGCUUAUCGAUAUCAUGUUAUUCCAGCUCAACGAGUUGAUUAGCGCUGGGCAAUACCAAAUGGCAGUCGAGAUUUGGAUGGGGAUGACCAUGUUGGUGGGGAAUGCAGGCACGCCAUUUGAAAAAUGGACCUAUUUGGGAGAAUGGUUGCAAAUUCCUCGGUGCUGCUACAACUCGCAGAAUAGAAUUGCGAAAAUAUUGGCCAUCAAUUGUUGGAAGGCAGUUGUGUUUAACAUUUGCAAAAAUGAGUUGUUGGAAAUCAGAAAGGAGUUGGACCAAGCGGCUAGACAGUCGAGCCCGAUGGCGAACAAAAAAAAGAAUAAGAUGAUGAUGCCCGUUACAGCAAACUCGGCAUUGAGGCCCAAAUUGAGACUUUUGACUCACGUAUUCCAGACUUUGGACGUGUCGCAAAUGGACCAGGAAUAUGUCGAUGCCCUUCACCAGCUCUUUCUCAGAAUAUUGUACUUGAUUCUUUCACCGAGCAUAAUCAAACUGUCGAGAUACCUCCACACGUUGUGGGUCAAAGUGAUCCAAUUCGUUCUUGCUCAUUUCUAUUUCAGAAAGAGCGCCUCGAGUGCCUACAUGAAUCAAUUGGGCUUGCAGGUUUUGACACGACUAAUCACCCAAGUCAAAUGCAACAACACCCACGGUUUCAAUGAAUUGAGAGUGCUAGCGAGCGAAGAGGUGGAUAUUGGCCAAAUCAGCGCAAUCCCCCUGCGAUGGAUCCAUGCUAAUUUCGACGUGGUGAUGCAAAACUUGAUCUUGGCCGCCCAACUGGCCGGCUUGAGCUUAGAGCUGAAAGUGUCCUUUUUCAGAGUCUUUAUAAAUGCCAUUCGUCCAGUGGUGCAGCGCGAGGAUAAACCUUCUGCGACAACAUAUGAUAUUAUUGAUAAUCUCCCCACGGUGUUGAGAGAGACUUUUGCCAAGGGUAAACCAACUUAUGAAAUAGUAUACAAGAUUGUGUUGAAUUUGAACGACACUUUCAAUCCAUCAGAUAUGGUCAACGUGGAUAUUCAGGACCAGAGCUCAGACACACACCUUGACGUUUACACUACAAUCUUGCAGCUUAGCAUUGGGGCAAUGAGCAAAUGCGAGCAAGAGGAGAUCCUAACGUUGAUCUCGCGGGCACUCAACCUGCAAACAAGACUCGUGUUUGUUCAUGAUGCCUUGAGAAUGCCAAAUUUAUCCGAUGAGUCUCAGGGUCUCCUAGUGACACUCCUCAACUUACACAGUGCCAAAAAAAUUGAUACCGGUGCCACAUCACUAGACCUCUAUGGGGGUAUUUGUGCCGUUAUCAGAAGCAAUUACGAGCUUUUGAUCAAGAGAGUGAUCCAGGCGGUGGUUUCUUCAUCAGCAGAGGAUUCACUAUACGAAAACCUUUUACGUCUCAAGAUCGAUGCGUGGGACUUGCCCAAAUUGGACUACACUUUGCUAUUGUUGAAGGAUGGACUUAGCAAGUCAAUUCAAAGAUUCGUGAACCACGCGGCGAUGCUCCGGCUCCGACUCCGGCUCGGUGUUGACGACACCGUUGGUGUCUUGAAAUUCCUCACCCAACACGACUUUUCCCGUACUUUGUUGUCGCUUCAAACCCCGAUUCUUGAACUAAUUGAGAGUCUAAGCGGACCGCAACGCACUGAAGCUUGUUUGGUGUUGAAAGAGUAUUUGGUAUACAAGUGUCGACAAGGCAACAAAGAUGACGCUUACAUUGACGCCAUGAAGUGUGGUUGCUCUAAGAAAAUGAAAGGGAUGGAUCUCGAGCCCAAACACGCGGCUAAGCUCACGAGGACUAAUGGUGAGAUAGAAAAGAGGCAAAGCUGUGUCAACUGUAGCAGCAAUGGAGAAGAUGACACACUGCAGAAAGUGUCGAAUCAAGUAUUGGGGUUCCCUUUGUCCAUUCCUCCAUAUGUAUACACCGAUAUUGGCUCCUCAAUCGGAGACAAAAUAGAUGCAAACUGCAAAGACGACAAUGGAGCGCUGCUAGUAUCACAGUCCAGUGGCAUGGAAGAGGACUUUGGUGAAGGGAAUCUGCAAUGCAGUUUGCAAUGCAACUUUACUCCAGCACUGUCCAUCUAUAUGGAGGAGCCUGACCACAAGGAAGAAAAACAACAUGGAGAGAGCCAGCAAUCACAGCUUCUGGAAACUGAAUCAAUCAAAAGCGUUGAACGUGCUCCCUCAAAUGGCUCGGCAAACAUUAACAUCUCGCAAGUGGACACUCUUACCCUCACAGUUACACCGCUGGUGCCUCAACUUGACCAGGUUUCAACAGCAAGCACAAAUCCCAACCAAAAGAAUUGUAGCGAACUUCAAAGUUUCAGCAGUUUGGAAUGCCCAGACAGUAGCGCAGACACAUCCGGCUCUGCGGACUUGUCAACAGUGACUGAGGUGAAGAACGUCGGAGCAUUGACGGAUGCCGAUGUCAAGAUCCGUGGUCGAAAAAGGCCCCGUGCAGAAGCAGUUGAUGAGGAUAGAAACGCCAAGCUAUUGAAAGUCCUGACACCCACCUGUGUCUUUUAG